GCGUCUCCAUGGAAACGGGACUCUGACGCGGAGUAGGAGCGCGAUGGCGGCCGGGGAGCCGGGGGAUCUGGGCGGCUACUACUUCAGAUUCCUGCCUCAGAAAACUUUCCGGUGUUUGAGCAGCCAGGAGACCAGCGGCCGGCUCCGCCAGUGGUCCAUGCUGGGCAGAGUCGCGGCGCAGGCGUUCGGCUUCGACCAGCAGUUCCAGGCCUACCGCAAGGACGACUUCGUCAUGGCUUUUUUCAAAGACCCCAAUGUUAUUCCCAAUUUGAAGUUACUUUCAGAUUCUUCUGGACAAUGGAUUACAUUAGGAACUGAAGUGAAAAAAAUUGAAGCUACAAAUGUUCCUUGUACACAGCUUUCAAUGUCAUUUUUUCAUCGGUUAUAUGAUAAAAAUAUCGUACGUGAAGAUGGACAUAUUGUAAAGUGUUUAGAUUCUUUUUGUGAUCCCUUUCCUAUUUCUGAUGAAUUACGAAAAGUUUUGCUAAUGGAAGACUCAGAAAAAUAUGAAAUAUUUAGCCAAGCUGAUAGAGAAGAGUUCCUGUUUUGUCUUUUCAAACAUCUUUGCCUUGGUGGAGCCCUUUGUCAGUAUGAAGAUGUGCUUAAUCCGUAUCUGGAAACAACAAAGCUUAUCUAUAAAGAUCUGGUGAGUGUUCGAAAGAAUCCUCAAACCAAGAAAAUACAAAUUACCUCUUCCAUCUUUAAAGUUACGGCAUAUGAUUCUGUUGGUAUGUGCUACCCUUCAACAAAGACUCACGAACAGACAUUUUCUUACUUUAUUGUGGAUCCGAUCAGGCGUCAUGUUCAUGUUUUAUACCACUGUUAUGGGGUGGGGGAAGUGUCUUAACAGUAUUCUUGCAGAUUAUCGAUUUUACUGUUUCUACCACUUUUUUAUUUUGAUGCCAAUGUAUAGGAAACAUUUCCUUUGCCAGUUACUUUAACUAAAAUGUAGAGAAGCUGCAGAUGCCUGUCUUUCAAUUUACCUGGAGUGGUAGCACAGGGAACGAACUCCAUCCUGCCUCCGUCUACACCACAGUAGUUGUGGACAAUUUACAGAAAGUUACAAGGAACUAAAAAUCCAGUAUAUAUUUGUUGCAUUAAGAUUCAAGUAAGUCUUCGAUUUUCAUGUAUUUUAUUUUAGAAGUUAAUUCUAGCUUGAAAUUGUCGCAGAAAACUGAACAUGGCUCUACUGAUUAUUACCAACUGUUAGCUUUUUAAAUUUGAGUUUCACUUAAUUGCAUUUCUUCAGUGCAUAAAGAUUUAUGUCUCCAGGGAUGUAAAAUGCAAAACAAUUCCUUUGCUUCAUUUGCCCCACUUAAGAUCCUCAAUAAAAAAGCUAUGUUCUGAAA